UCGGUCGGAACCAGGUUCCUGCCUGUGACAUGGACAGAUGUAAAGAAAACUGUGUCUCCAGGCCUGUUAAGACCACAGUUCCCUUCGGUCCGAAACGAGUCUUGGUGACAGAGCAGAUUCCUUCUCAGAACCUAGGAUCGGCUAGCAGUGGCCAGGCCCAGCGGGUCCUGUGUCCCUCCAACUCCCAGCGUGUCCCUCCACAAGCCCAGAAACUUGCUGCAGGUCAGAAGCCAGGGCUAAAGCAAUUGCCAGCUGCCAGUGUUCCUCGCCCUGUGUCCCGGCUCAGUAACCCUCAGAAGACCGAGCAGCCUGCAGCCUCGGGAAAUAAUUCUGAAAAGGAACAGGCAUCCAUAAAGAAAACUGAAGACACAAAAAAAAGGCAGUGGACUCUGGAAGACUUUGACAUUGGUCGCCCACUAGGAAAAGGGAAGUUUGGAAAUGUCUAUCUGGCCAGGGAGAAGCAGAGCAAGUUCAUCCUGGCUCUGAAGGUGCUGUUUAAGAUACAGCUGGAGAAGGCAGGUGUGGAGCACCAGCUGCGGAGAGAAGUGGAGAUCCAGUCCCACCUGCGGCACCCCAACAUCCUCAGGCUCUAUGGGUACUUCCAUGACGCCACCCGCGUGUACCUCAUUCUAGAAUAUGCGCCCCUUGGAACAGUCUAUAGAGAGCUUCAGAAACUCUCCAAGUUUGACGAGCAGAGAACCGCUACUUACAUCACCGAGUUGGCAAACGCUCUGUCGUACUGUCAUUCAAAGAGAGUGAUUCACAGAGACAUUAAGCCAGAGAACCUGCUGCUUGGGUCAAAUGGAGAGUUGAAGAUUGCAGACUUCGGAUGGUCUGUUCAUGCUCCGUCUUCCAGGAGAACCACGCUGUGUGGCACCCUGGACUACCUGCCCCCAGAGAUGAUUGAAGGCCGGAUGCAUGAUGAGAAGGUGGACCUCUGGAGCCUCGGUGUUCUCUGCUAUGAGUUCCUAGUGGGGGUACCUCCUUUUGAGGCACAGACUUACGAGGAGACGUACAGAAGGAUAUCUCGGGUUGAAUUCAGAUUCCCUGACUUUGUGACGGAGGGGGCCAGGGACCUCAUUUCAAGACUGUUAAAACACAAUGCAAGCCAAAGGCUAACACUGGCAGAAGUCCUUGAACAUCCUUGGAUCAAAGCUAAUUCCUCCAAACCUUCAACUGGCCACAAAAGCAAAGAGCCAACUAGCCAAUCAUCUUAGGGAAUCUGGAGCCAUGGGCACUGUGCAACUGUGAGAAACGCCCCACUGAAGCCACGCCCCAUUGAAGCCACGCCCCCACUGAAGCGGUGCUGUCCUCAGGGUGCCUUGCUGGGCAACUAGUCCUUGGCCUUACAUCAGGAAACACCACCUGUUGCUCAGCCCCCAAGAACCAUGCUGCUUUUCCUGAUUUAGUAAUCUGGAGGGAAGGUUUCACUACAGCUCUUCCCCCCUAACCCCCACACCCUGCCUAUGCCCCAAGGUGUCCUUGUGGGGGUCUCACUGUGGGCAAGUUAGCAGGGAUCACCUGCGUUGUAGCCUUCAAGUGCCAGAGUGUGUGUGUAACUUAUUGGGUCGCCAGGCCUGGGGAAGCUGUUGGAAUGGAUAUGUUAUCUUUUAAGUGUCAAAAUAAAGGUUUGUAUAGACUUUGUUUUUAAGUGACACCCAUUCAGGCCCUCUUGUUUUCAGCCUUCUGAAGCCCACGUGGGAUUCAGAUCCUCAACCACUGUUACGGAGCCUGUGCUUGACCUCUGUCUUGGGACCUGACUCAGGUGUCUCUGGAUGUUAAAGGCUAUGUUUUAUGUUGGUGUUCUGUCAUGUAUGCAAACUUGUUAAAUAUAUAACUAUAUGUAUAACAUCUA